AUGUGCAUUUUAUAAAAUUUUAAUAAUAAUUAUGUUUUAUAGGAAAUUUUAGGAACAGGUUCAUUUGCCGUUGUAUGUAAAAUUUCAAGAAUUAUAGAUUAAAAAACUUUUGCAGCCAAAAUUAUUAAAUUAGAAAAAUUAUAAGAAAACAAACAUAAAGAAAAAUUUUUUGUAAUAAAUAAAUAUGCUUUUAGUUAUUAUAUAUUUAUAAAAAAGAAUAUGUUAAUUAAUGAAUAUAAAGCCCUUAAAAAAUGCAGGCAUAAAAAUAUUGCAAAAUUAGAAGAAGUUUAUUAAGAAUAAACAUAAUUAAUUUACGUUACUGAAUAUAUAUAAGGAGGUGAGCUCUACUAAAGAUUAAAAAAAAUCAAAAAUUUUAAAGAAGAAGAUGCUGCUAUGAUAAUUUAUAAUAUAACAUAAGGUUUAUAAUAUAUGCAUAAUCAAUAAUUAGUCCAUCGAGAUUUAAAAUUGGAAAAUAUUUUAUUAGUAAAUCAUAUAGAUUUAGAUUGUAAAAUUAUAGACUUUGGUUUUGCUGAAAAAAUAAAUUACUAAAAAUUAGAAAGUAGGGCAGGAACACAUGGUUUUCUACCUCCUGAACUAUUUAAAUUACAGCCCUAUACAGAAAAAGGAGAUAUAUUUAGUUUGGGUGUUAUUUUAUUUUGUUUAUUGAGUGGUUAGUCUCCAUUUAAAGGUAAAACAAGUAAAGAAGUACUUGAAAAUAAUAAAAAAUGCAAAAUUUCUUAUGAUUCUGAUAUAUGGAUUAAAAUAAGUGAUGAAUCUAAAUAUUUAUUAAAAAAAAUGUUAGAAGUUGAUCCUAAUAAAAGGUUUAAGUGUAACGAAAUUCUAAAAUCUAAAUGGUUAAGGAAAUACAUUUUAAAUAAUUCUUAAAGCUUGAAAUCAUCUACACAUAAUAAAACAAAAAAUUCGUUGAAAAAU